AUGGAUUCCCAACCGAAGGACCUGAGCCUACCUGGUGUGUGGGUCUCGUUGUACUUUGGAUUCCUGGGGCUGUGUUCAGUGGUAACUGGUGGCUGCAUUCUCUUUCUGCACUGGAGGAAGAAUCUGCGGCGGGAAGCACGUGCCCAGGAGUGGGUGGAGGUGAUGAGAGCUGCUACGUUCACCUACAGCCCACUUUUGUACUGGAUCAACAAGCGAAGGCAUUAUGGCAUGAACACAGCCAUCAACAUGGGCCCUCCCCCUACUGUCACCAAGACUGAGACUGAGGCCCAGAAUUCAGAUCCUCUGUGGGAGUUGGACAGCCCUGAGAAUAGGAGCUAUGCUGCUCAACACAGCAGUCCCAAGGUGGAGGCUCCUGUCCCCCUGCAACCUGCAUUACAGCUGGUCCCACAGCCACCCCUGCCUUCCCCAAAGCCUCAGCCCCAGAACAGCUCCCCACUCCCGAUUCCCAUCUUUCAGGAGGUGCCCUUUGCCCUCUCCCUGUGUAACCUACCUCCAAUGCUGAACCACUCGGUCUCCUACCCUUUGGCCACCUGUCCUGAAAGGAACGACCACUUCCAGUCUCUCCCCACACUGGCCAAUGGGGACCAUCACUUCAAUGCCAAGCCUUUUGCUUCAGAAUUAUAG